UAUCACUCAGUAUGAACAAUGUGGUAAUUUUCAUUUGAUAAAAUAUGAGAUUCAUCAUAAAGUAUUUCACAGAUAAAGACAGUUAAGAAGGGUAACGCAUAAUUUGUAACCAAUUAUUAAUAAACUAGUGAAUACUAAUUGUAGAUAUAAACUCUUUUUAAAAAAAGAAGAAAUGAAAUGUUAUAACUAAUCUUUACUCUAUAAGAAAACAAAACAAAAUGGCCAUAGAUAAAUCUCGUGCAGUAAUAGAUAAAUCAGAUAUGAUACCUGAAAUGGAAGAUGAUGCUGUUUAUGUAGCUGCAAUUGCAAUGGAAAAGCAUAAUAUUGAUAUGCAUAUUGCAAGUUAUAUUAAACAUGAAUUUGAUCGUAAAUACAAAGCAACAUGGAAUUGUAUUGUUGGUAAAAAUUUUGGUAGCUUUAUACAUCAUGACAGAGGAGGAUUUGUGAGCUUUCGUUUAAAUGGUUUAAAUGUACUAUUGUUUAAGCUGGGAUAA